AAAUAAAGUAAUUAUCUCCUCUUCCAUUUCCUCUUCCUUUCCUCUUCCAAACUUAAUCCAUUUCCUCCUCCCCUUCCUCUUUUACCUCUCCUUUUUUAAACUCAAAAAAUGAAAGUUUCAUUCGUUUUAUUAAUCGUAGCUUUAAUUAUUGCAGUAUGUAGCGCUGCUGUUCAACACAGUGAACCAUCUCAAGGUCAAAUCAAUUAUUGCGUUAUGUGUAAUACCACUGCUCAAUGUGCCCAUGGUACCAACCACACAUGCACUAUGGUUAAUUUAGGUCAAUGUACUUUGAUCACAUCAAAAUGUGAUGGCAACAACAGCACCUUUUACAUUAAAGCUUCACAAAACAAUCAAACUGUUACAACCCAAAACUUUGAUCAAGACUCAAAAUGUAAUAGUGAUGGAAUUCCUUCAAACCAAGUUACCUGUGAAGGUUGUUCCGCUGAUGGUUCCGCUGAAGUACUUUGCUAUGUUCCACAAUCCAGUUCAAGUGAUGCUUCUUCAUUUGUUAUUCCAUCUAUUUUUGUUAUCAUUAUGAUCAUUUUAGCUUCAUUCAUUUAAAUUGUUCAUAUAUUUAUAAAUCCUCCUUCGAAAUAAAUCAAACCUUUAAAAAAAAAUAAAAAGGUUUUUUUCAUAAUAAUAUUAAAUAUUUAAU